UCAACCUCUGACCCUGAUUUUACUGAGGCGAGAUGGAAGCAUCUUUCCGAGAGUGCACCGGUUACGUGGAGUGUCAUACAAGGAUGGGUGUUAUCUAAAAAUGACUAAGUUUUAGGUGCUCCAUCAUCAUGGUAGCCAUGUGGAUCAUGGACAUGAUGCUGAAGGUUACUUGGGUGAUGACGACUGUUGGGUUUGCUGUGCUCCUGUCAGACUACCUCAGACUGCAACGACAACAGUGUACAGAAACUACUGGUGUACAAAAUACAGGGAAGCAGGCAGCAGAAAGGCCUCCCAAGCUUCCUGACGGUGACUAUGUCCAACAUGGGUCCUCUGUGUGGUGUUGGGGACACAACAACACUGACAGGAUGUGUAAGUUCUCAAACCUCUGCUUCUCCCCGCAACAUCAACAGUUUGUGUUCUUCCACGGCGAGCAGACAGUGACCCACGGAAUCCACAACCGUUUCCACCCAGCUCUCGUGGACAUGACCUCCAUUCCUGACCACAAUACGCAGUAUUUCCAGUACGUUGACCUUCCAAUCUCUGCGCUACAGGACUUCAAGAAAGUGAAGAUCUACCAGGGAACCAGUUUGAUCUUCAAUAGGUUCAAUCCAGAUAACCUGAUGCACGUUUUUCAUGACGAUCUCUUGCCCAUUUAUUUCACCCUUCGGCAGAUUACAGCAAGUGACGUCGAUCCUUUUAAUCUCAACAGUAGACUAGUUAUCAUGGAAGGGUGGCGACCAGGGGAGUUCGUUGACCUUUAUCAGAUGCUCUCAACUGAAGACCUUGUCUUCAAACAAGAGCUGGGUAAUUUAGGAGAACUCGUCUGUUUUAGCAAUGCCUACGUGGGUUUGUCCAAGGCAACAACGUGGUAUCAGUAUGGCUUUAAGGUACCACAAGGCCCAAAGGAUAACAUCGCAGUCACAGCUAGAGACAUCAGACAAUUCACAGACUUCGUAUGCACCAGGUUAGGUAUAGAGGAAACAGGUGUUUCCGAGUCCAAAUACAUUGUACUGUUUUCACGUAGAUUGAAUAGGUUGAUUGUGAAUGAAGUGGAUUUGACAAUUGCUUUGGCAAGUGAGUUCAACAUGAGGGUUGUAACACUGAGCAUGGAGUCACACACUGUACCUCAGCAGAUAGCAAUUAUUAGGAAGGCAUCCAUGGUAGUGGGGAUGCAUGGGUCCUUCUUGACACUUGCCAUGUUUCUGCCCCCCGGUGCUGUGGUCGUUGAACUGUUUCCUUAUGCUGUCAACCCUGAACACUAUGUACCAUACAGAACACUAGCCAACCUACCAGGGAUGAGGCUAACAUAUGCAGCUUGGAGGAACAUUGAACCACAAAACACAAUCACACAUCCAGACAAUCCUUGGGACCUGGGUGGAAUUGCACACUUGAAUCCAGCAGAGCAAGAUGCCAUUUUAAGAAGUACGGAAGUUCCAAGACAUCUCUGCUGUAGGAACCCAGAGUGGCUCUUUAGGAUAUAUCAAGACACUGUGGUGGAUAUACCAUCAUUUCUUAAGACUGUACGAAAAGCUGUGACAGAUGCAGAGGCAAACAAGCAAGGUAAUGGAGGCACAAGUUCAAGUGAUGAUGAUUACAAGAAAAUUUAUCCAGGCCCACCAGUUGAUUUCUCAUGCCAGUCUGUUCAAUCAUCAGAUGGGCUUGUUGGAUUACAGUUGUCAUGGCAACCACCAUGGAACCUGCCGUACCUUGAUGCAAAAGAUACCAAAUACGAAGUGUGGAUUCAGGAACAGGGUGAAGUAAGCUACAUGCCAUGGAUUCUCCCCUUCACUAGCCAUGUGUUUUCUGAAGGAAUAGAGGCAGAACAUGACUAUAAUGUGUGGGUUAGAUGUAUUGUUAAUGACACUGUGGUAGGACCGUUUGCAGAUGCUGUACAGUGUUCUACCUGAAAAUUCUGGGUAUAUCCAAUGUAAUACAGCAAGUACUCUUGCAGAAAAUAAGAUAAGAAGUACCUGACUGUACAUAUUACCA